UCAAUUUAAUAAAUAUAUUGUGAUCUAACAGUAAACAGGGCUACACUUCCAAAGCAAUCAGUUUAUUGAAAAAAGCCAUUGAAUUGGACGAAGAGUUUGCUGAACCGUAUUCAGCGUUGGCUUCACUUUACGCCCAAAAUGGUCGCAACGAAGACGCGGAGAGACUUCACUUACAGGCCCUUCAGUUGGACUCUGAAAACGCGGACUUUUGUAAUAAUUUCGGUGCCUUUUUGCAGAGGACUGGUCGUAGCGAUGAGGCUGUGAAGCAAUAUCUGAAAGCGAUUGAAAUACAGCCCAACCAUACGGUGGCUCUGGUGAACGCCGCCCGGACUCUCAAAUCCAUGAAACACACGAAGAAAGCGGAGACACUUUACAAGAGACACUGCAAUUUGAUGAACAGCAGUGACGGACGACCGCAACAAUA